CAUGACCUGCAUGAGAGUGAGGUUUAGGGCAGUAAGUGGCUGUUAGAGUAUACGUUGAUUUAAAAUACUCCCUGACAUCUUUAAAAAUUGGUGCUAUAUAUGAAGUUGACAUCUGACUUUUCGCUCAAUGCCUAACUCCCAAUGAUAGGACCCCGUUUUGAGAUACAGACAGAAUGGAAGUGGAGAUGGAUCCGGUGAAACAUAUCAAAUUAGUCUUAUGUUUGCAAAAAAAGUUUGUGGUGUUUGGACAACAAAUUGUAUCUCCAGUUUUAUUAAAUUUUUCUCAACAUACAUAACAAUACAACGUUUUUGACUACAUAAAAAGAACCAUAUGUUCGUUUUGAACAUACAAUAAGUUGUUUUUGGAAUGUGUCAUUUUUAAAUCAUGACUACUGAUUGACAAGCACUAAUUAUGAUUUUAAAAAUUAUAUUGUACAAGCAUUUUUCUACAUUAGCCACCGUUCCAUAAUCAAGUCCAGUAGAUGGCGGUAAUGCACCUAAAAUGCAGAGAUUGCCCAUGAAUUGAUGGACCCGACUUAAACAAGUUGAAAAACUUAUUCGGGUGUUACCAUUUAGUGGUCAAUUGUACGGAAUAUGUACUGAACUAUGCAAUCUACUAAUGAAAACAUCAAUCAAUCAAUGUAACCACUUGUAAAAACCAAAGUAAAAUAAAUGAUCGUUGCCAGACAUACGAUAAUAGUUGUAUUUGUACACUGAUUUCACCCACAGUACGACGCGCUAUCCAUCAAUUUAUACCGCUUGUCCCCCUCGGUGUUGCAGAGGUGACUGACUGAGUUUCGCGGCUAACAAUCAUUAAAAAAAUGUAACAAAAACAGGAUACAAACAAUGCUUCUAUUGGAGUGCAUUGUCUCUCAUUUGCCCUCUUCGAAACUGUUUCGUCAGUGGCAGUUUUUUUUUUCCAAGAAUGUUGUUUGUUUGAAGCUACAACGAUAAUAUAAAAUGUGCUAUACAUACAAAGGUAAUGUAUACAGUAUAAAAUGGUCCUGACUAAAGUCAAAUCGAAAAUGUUCGGUCAUUUUGAACCUGUGGUACAAUAGCGUGUCUAUUCCCAUCUGGCAACGGUGGGUGUUUCGUUUCUACGCAAAACACAAAUCCCUUCCGGGUAACAUGUAAUAUUAAAGUUCUUGAAAUAUUUCCCAAAUUUUAACCGGCCGCCAUGAGAGCAACUUUACAAAAGCUUCGUGUAUAUCGGAAGGACAACAUAUGAUCUACACAAUGGGGAGUUUUUGGUCACGUCCCUACUGAGAAACCAAGACGUAGCGAGCCAAUGCUAAUGUGGAAGCGAGCAGCUUUCAAAGAUGGAGACGCUAUUAUUUAAAAUGACUGAAAAACGUUUUCUUUUCACGGCUUCUGUCGUAAUACGACUCGCCUUGGUCGCCUAUGGAGAAUUCCAUGACAGGACUAUGGUAGUAAAGUACACUGAUAUUGACUAUCAUGUGUUCACGGAUGCUGCAAGAUUCAUCACAAAGGGUGAGUCUCCAUACAACAGAUCUACAUAUCGUUACACACCUCUACUAGCCUGGAUGCUAACUCCCAACAUUUACAUCAACUUCAUGUUUGGCAAGCUGCUCUUCAUCCUGUGUGACCUUCUGUCUGGCCUGCUGAUCUACGCCAUCCUGAGCCUGCGAGGUCUGCGUUCCGAGACAGCACGACAAAUGUGUUCCCUGUGGCUUCUCAACCCUCUGCCUAUGGGAGUGUCCAGUCGCGGGAAUGCAGAGUCCAUCCUGGCUGCUUUGGUGCUGGGGACACUGCUUUGUAUGGAGGGUAAAAGUGGCCGCGUAGUGUGGGCGGCGCUACUGUAUGGGCUGUCAGUUCAUAUGAAAAUCUAUCCUGUCACGUACGCUCUUCCCAUUCUCCUGAGUCUUCGCUCGCCACAAAGAAGAUCUGAGGAACAACAAAAAUGGUGGAAAAGAUUGUUUGGCUUGUUGGGACGUUUCUUCAACAGAGAAUUGGUCAUCUUUGCAAGUGUUGCUGGGGGCAUUUUUUGUGUUUUAACCACACUUUUCUAUCACAUGUAUGGUUGGACAUUUCUUCAUGAGACCUACUUCUACCAUCUAACCAGAAGAGAUAUUAGACACAACUUCUCUCCUUACUUCUAUAUGCUCUACCUGACUGUAGACAACAGGUGGAGUCAGUGUCUUAGCCUGGUGGCCUUCUUGCCUCAGUUGACCCUUCUGUUGGUGACAUCAUGGUCUUUUCACCGUGACCUUGCUUUUUGUUGUUUCCUGCACACUGCCAUCUUUGUCACCUUCAACAAAGUCUGCACAUCACAGUACUUCCUGUGGUAUCUGAGUUUACUUCCUCUGGUCAUCCCUCACCUGAGUCUUUCAGUGAAACAAGGAGUAGGACUGCUGCUCCUCUGGUUUGCAGGACAGGCUGCAUGGUUGGCUCCAGCCUACUUCCUGGAGUUUGAGGGCUACAACACCUUUGUGUUUAUUUGGCUUUCUGGAUUGUUCUUUUUAACCGUGAACUGUAUCAUUCUCAUACAGAUUAUUGUACACUACAACAACAAUCAAGUCAACAAGAAGAAAACAAAGCUGAUAUAAACCUGUAUGAAAGCUUUUUUAAUGUAUUUUGGCUUGUGAUUGCACGUGAUUUUCUAAUCCAAUAUACAGUAAGAAUAACUAAUACGAUCAUGACGGCUCAGACAAUAAGACAAUUGUAAGAAUUACAUUAAAAGUACAAAACCAAUUUCAAGCAAUCUGUAGAACAGAUUUGGGCAAAUUAAGGCCCGGGGGCCACAUACGGACAGUUAAGCUUUUCAAUCUGGCCCGCCGGACAUCCCCCCCAAAUUUUUUUUUAAUUUUUUUUUAGUUAAUUUAAUAUGGAAAGUGUAGCUGCAAUUAUGAUGUGCAGUGAUGUUUUCUAAUGACCGUGAGUCUUCAAAUAGACAAAGUAUUUCAAUGGUUGGAAUCUGCGCUUUUGGAUGAUAUACCAGUUACUAUGUUUAUCUAAUUAGUUACUAUGGUCAUCUAAUUCCUGCGAUGAGGCGGCGACUUGUCCAGGGUGUACCCCGCUUUCCGCCCGUUUGUAGCUGAGAUAGGCUUCAGCGCCCCCCGCGACCCCGAAGGGAAUAAGCGGUAGAAAUGGAUGGAUAAAUGGUAAUCUAAUUUGUUACUAUGGUCAUCUAAUUAGUUACUAUGGUCAUAUACGUCACAGCAGCUCAGACAAGGCACCAAGCAGUGUGGGCGGGAAGUGUUUCCACGGACGCGGAAGGAGAUUUUCACUACAAAGUUCUAAGGCUUAGUGAUAUGACAGAUAUAUCAGAUUGUAGGUGGGUUUAUUUUGUACCCUUCGCGUUGAUAUUUCACUGUUUGUUGCAUUUUUGCCGCGCUUCACUCGAUUGUAAAAUAUGUCGAUCGGAAGGUUGUGUGACGUUCAUAUGUUGUCAAUAUACAGUGUUUUAUCGUUAAUAGAAAAAAAUUAAAUUCCAUUACGUUUUUUAAGGCGGUCUGUCAUAACGUUUUUAGCAUUCAAUAAGACGUUACUGUCAGGUUUUGUAUUAGUGUUCCUAAAAAUAGAUAUACCAGCCCCCAGACACAUUUUUUCUGUAAAUGUGGCCCCCGAGUCAAAAUAAUUGGCCCAGGCCUGCAUAAAAGGUUGAUAGAAUAAAAUAUUGAUCUCUUUAUUUUUAUUAUGUUUUGUGUUUUUCUUUUGUUCGUUUGUUUCGGGAGUAGACUUGCUAAGUUUUGUUUUGCUUAUUCUGUUGGUAAAAAGUAAACAAGUGACAAAGUAAAAUUUGUAUCGUUUAAUGUUAAUGGGCUAUUGAACCCAGUUAAACACAGUAAAAUCUUAUCGAAGGUUAGGACAGAGCAAGCUCACAUAGUGUACUGACAGGAGACCCACUCGGCUGACAAGGAGCAUGUAAAACUAAAGAGAAAUGGCUUCACUAAUUAGUUUAUUUCUUCAUAUAAAUCAGGACAUAGGAGAGGAGUUGCCAUCCUCAUCUCAAAUAAGUUAAUUUUGAAAAAGUAUUGGAAUUUGCUAAUAAUGAGGGUAGAUUUAUUUUAGUAAAGGGGAAGAUAGAUGGGAACUCAAUCACCCUGUUGAAUGUCUAUGCACCCCCCGGUAGUGCUAUUAGUUUCUUCUAAAAAAUCACCAAUAUUAUGGUAACGAAAACCGAAGGUCUUUUGAUUUGUGGUGGGGAUUAAAAUACAUAUUUAGAGCCAAAAUUGGACUCAUCUAGUAUAAAAACUCAUAACGCUAAGUCCCUAUAUAAGAAAGUAAACACACUUUUCGAGGAAGUAGGUUUAAUUGACUUUUGGCGAGACCUUUUCCCUGACAGAAGGGAUUAUACUUAUUUCUUUGCACCCCAAUGUCUUUAUACAAGAAUAGGUUAUUUUCUAACAUUUGGGAAGGACAAAGAUAAAAUAUACACUUGUGAAAUUGGGACAAUAGAUCUAAGUGACCAUGAACCAAUAUACUUACAAAAUAUUAUACAUGGAAACUAAAUUAAAGUUUGCUGAAUGGUCUAUCCUUUAAGGCACAAAUUAAAUCUGAAAUUAGUCUCUUCUUAAAAUUCGAUGACACGGAAGAGGUCUCACCUCCCAUAUUAUGGGACACCUUGAAGUCUGUUGUAAGAUGCAAAAUUAUCGCAAUUUCUUAAUUUAAGAAAAAAUAUAAGAAUACAAAAUCAGAUGACUUAAAAAACCCCAAAAUGAAUUAUAAAGAAAACAAAUUAGAUUUUGCAUAGUAUACAUUAAGGGAAAUAAGAAAUAUUAGGAAUGAAAUUAACAGUUUGGCCACACAAGAAAAAAAAACUUAAAAUGUUUCUCAAACAUAGACAAUAUGAAAGUGACUCUAAGUCUAUAAAAAAUUUGGCCUGGAAACUGGAAAAAAAGAUACCGGCAAACACAAUUCAAGAACAAAAGUGAUAGAAACUAAACCAAACAAAAUUCAAGAAGCUUUUGAAUUUGUUUUAUAAAACCAUUUACUCAAAGGUCUUCAAUAGGAGCGUAACCCAAAUUGAUAACUUCCUGAAUUUCCUGGAUUUACCUACUUUAGAUGAAGAACAAAAUAAAACAAUGUCUGCAGAUAUAAUUGGAGAUAAAUUAAAAGUUGCAAUUAGUAGGCUUAAAUUAAGUAAGUCUCCAGUAUCACACGGUUAGACCGCAGAGUGGUAUAAGGAAUUUAAACAAUUAUUAAUACCUCUUUUACUCCCCAGACUGAAUUGGGUUUUUAAAAAAGCACAAACGCCACUUAGUUGGAAGGAGGAAAUUAUCUCAGCUAUUCCAAAACAAGGCAAAUAUAGAAUUGAGUGUGGAUCUUACAGGCUAAUAUCUGUUCUCAAUGUAGAUUAUAAACUAUUUACAUUCCAUCAUGGACAAAAGAUUAGAAGAUGUUUUAUCUAUAUUGAUACAUAAUGAUCAAACAGGUUUUAUAAAUCAACACCAAACACAAGACAAUAUAAGAAAGACGCUACAUAUUAUGGAUUGUAUACAAAGAAAAAACAUUGAAGCAAUUGUUGUAAGUGUAGAAGUUGAAAAGGCCUUUGAUUCGGUUAAUUGGAUUUUUUUUACAGAGUUCUAUAUAAAUUUGGCUUCCCACAGGAUCCAAUUAUUAAAACUGUACAGGCACUAUGUAACAAACCUACUGCUAGGAUUAGAGUCAAUGGAUACUUAUGAUAAAUUAUAAAUGAUAAAUGGGUUGUACUUGUAUAGCGCUUUUUUGCCUUCAAGGUACUCAAAACUCUUUGACACUACUUUCACAUUUACCCAUUCACACACACAUUCACACACUGAUGGAGGGAGCUGCCAUGCAAGGCGCUAAGCAGCACCCAUCAGGAGCAAGGGUGAAGUGUCUUGCUCAGGUCACAACGGACGUGACGAGGUUGGUACUAGGUGGGGAUUGAACCAGGGACCCUCGGGUUGCGCACGGCCACUCUCCCACGCCGUAUCAAAUGUCAUGUUUAGUGAUCAUGUUUAGUUUGGCUAUGUUCCGUUUGGUUUUUGCAAUCAUUAACUUUAAGUUCCUGUUUUUUUUCACUCCCUUGUUUUGUUGCAAUGGUUGCAAAUCAGUUCACCUGUCCUCACGACUCACGCACCUGAUUCAUUUAAACUCACGCACCUGUUUUCAAUCACCACAUCACUAUUUAAGCCUGUCAUUUUAUGUUGGUCAGCCUGGCGUCAAUGUGUUCUUUUCUUGCUCUGUGCUGACUUUUUUCAUGCCUUGCCAUAGUUUCAUGCCAUGCCAAGUAAGUGUUUAUUUAUUCAUGUCAUAGUAAGCGAUUUUUGUUUCUUGUCCUUAGUUAGGUCUAAGUGGUGUUUUCGCCUCGUGCGCCUUUUUGUUUGUUCCUCUUUUUGGUGAAGAUUAAAUCAUGUUUAUAUCUGCA